CAUCCCUGGAGGCUGUCUGGGUGAAAGGACGCCACCUCGUGGUCACAUCGUCGUCUGCGUUAAAUGCAGCUCCGGGUUCUCGGUCAGGUUUGUCAUCGGGGAGGACACUCAGCAGCAGGUCCGCGCCACCACCGCUCCCGGGGCCGCCGUGUUGUGCUCUGCUGCCCGCGUCAGAGAGCAGGAGGGUCCGCUGCGCUGCUCACUCUCCCCCCGCUCCUCCUCCGGUCCUCCUCGGAGCACAAUGCGCUGAUCUCCGCACUGUCUGUGGAAGGAUGAUUUCUGUCGUCUCCACUGUGGAGAGCGCUCCCAGAGGUACGGGCACCCCGGCUCCGAGCCUUUACCAGCGGAUCAGGAGGGUCUUCACCAGGGACCUGUUGGUGACCCUGGCCCUGGGUCAGGCCCUGUCCUUACUAAUCUGCGCUAUCAGUCUGACCAGCAAGUACCUGGCUGAUGACUUCCACGCUAACACGCCGGUGUUCCAGAGCUUUCUCAACUACAUCCUGCUGUUUCUGGUCUACACCACCACGCUGGCAGUCCGGCAAGGGGAGGGGAACUUGCUGGCUAUUCUGAAGCAGCGCUGGUGGAAAUACAUGAUCCUGGGUUUGAUAGACAUCGAGGCCAACUAUCUGGUCCUUAAAGCUUACCAGUACACCACACUCUCCAGUGUGCAGCUGUUAGACUGCUUUAUCAUCCCGGUGGUUCUGCUGCUGUCCUGGUUCUUUCUCUUGGUGAGGUACAAGACUGUCCAUUUUGUUGGGACAGGACUCUGUUUGCUGGGUGUCGGCUGCAUGGUGGGAGCUGACGUCCUACUUGGUCGGCAGCCAGGCCUUGGGGAGCAGAAGCUGUUUGGGGAUCUUUUGGUUCUGGGGGGAGCUACGCUGUACGGGAUCUCCAACGUCUGUGAGGAGUUCAUUGUGAAGAACCUGAGCCGUGUGGAGUUUCUCGGCAUGAUGGGACUUUUUGGAUCCUUCUUCAGCGGCAUCCAGCUGGCCAUCAUGGAACACAAGGAGCUACUGAAGGUUCCCUGGGACUGGCAGAUAGGUCUUUUCUAUGUUGGUUUCAGUGCCUUCAUGUUCAGCCUUUACAGCUUCAUGCCAGUGGUGAUGAAGAGAACAAGUGCCACCUCAGUCAAUCUGUCUCUGCUCACAGCUGACCUGUACAGCCUCUUCUGUGGCCUCUUCCUCUUUCACUACGAGUUCUCGGGCCUCUACCUGUUGGCUUUCGUCAUUAUUAUCUUGGGCCUGGUUCUUUUUUCCUCCUCGUCUACCUAUGUGGCCCAGGACCCGAGAGUCUACAAGCAGUUCAGGAACACAGGUAGCCAGGCGGCCACCGACCAGCCUCCACUCAGUCCUGGUGUCCUGGAGCCCUCUGUCACCUACACCAGCCUGGGCCCUGAGGCAGGGGAGGAGCUUCCUGUGCGUGUAGCCUAAGAUCAUGUGGGAGGGACUUUUGUCUGUCGGCCAGGUGGAUCAGUGAGUCAGCUGCAGUCUCCAGAUUCUACCCGCAGUUGUAUACAAAGAAACAGCGCUGAUGGGACCCAGUCUGUGCAGGGCAGCUGGCUGAUCACCCAAGUAGGUUUAGGUUCUGAUUUAUGGCCUGUAAUAAUAGACAGAGUCUCCAACUCCUCAGUGAAAAAAAAAAUAUAUAUAUAUAUGACAAAUUCACGUACCCAAAUACCUGAAAAAAUACCUGAAAAAUGAAUGAACAAGAUGUAAUUAAAACAAGCAGCAUCAUGAGUGAAAAUGUUGGGUUCACUGUGAACAAAGACUGUGAGCAGACGGAAGUGACUGAAAAUGAUCAUUCAUGUAAGGUAUUGUAAUUCUACUACAUCUCUUGCUUUCUUUUUCUAUCUGUAAAGAAUGUCUGUGCCUCAUACCCGUUUAUAUGCUGAAGAUGUAUUCAUUUAAUUUCUACAGUGUUUCUAAAUCCACCUGCUCAAAUUCAGAGACAGGCUCAGUAAGUGAAACACAGACUGGAGUCAAAUCAUACAUUUGUCCUAGGAGAAUUUAAAUGCAUUUAAAAAAAAUGACUAUUUUUACACCAAAAAAACAAACAAAUUAUCAAACAGUAUUAAUCCUCCAGAAUGUCAUUAUGAAGGCUUAAAACCAACAUUAACAACUUUAUCUUGAGAAAUAGAGUCUACAGGAAAAACAUACACGAUGAACUGAUGAAAGAUCUGAAUAAUGAUAAUAAAAUACAAUUAGAGAUGUUAUGUUUGGAGUCUGCUGGAGUGCUGGGAGGGAGCUGUAUUUGCGGGAGUUUGACUCGUGGCUAUGACCCUGCAUUUGUUGUUCCUGUAAAGGAAAAAUGUUUGAAGUCAGGAUGCACAUUGUAUGUUUUUAAGACUUGAUUUUCACUGUUGUUGUAAUUGAUCCUCCUCAGGCUGGGAGAAGGUUAUUCGCAUCAUAUUUAGAGCAAUUCUAACUAGAGAUGGCCAGAUGUUACUGAAGCUUGUUUCAGUCCUGUGAAGCGCACUGUUCGAAUCCAUUGUUCCAGAGCUCGUGUCAAACAUAUAAUAUCACAUCACUGAUGACAGCCGAAGCAUCAAACACAACUGCUGCUUUGGAAAGUGCUUCAAUCAGUUUGAUGGCUUUGAAAGUUUUACAGCUUAACUAAAUAGGAGGUCCAAAGGUUUGAUAGCACAUUGAAAUUCUCAGAUCUUGUCAUGUAAACCUGGAAAUAAUCAUAAACUUUAUGAUUCAGAAAGUAAAUCACAGUGUCAGAAAUCAAAUUGUUAUUUGUAGCAAAGAGGGGCUUUCUCAGUUUCAAAUCAUGGAGAGACUAAACGUUUCUCAGCGGUCAGUGCAUGAAACUCAGAAAUGGGACAAUCAGGGCGGCCAUCAGAACAUCAAUACGUCAAGUUUAGUUCUCUGAGAGAUAAAAAAAAAAAAAAACGACUACAAGGCUGUCUUAUAGUGUCUCAGAGGAUGAGCAGCAGUUUCCAAAACACUUCUCAGGAGGGAAACAAGGACAAACACUCGAGGUGGGCUCAGAAAUGCCAGAAUUUCACAGUGGAUGAUGAAAAAGGUCUACUUACUGAUGAAUCACAGUGAUAGAUUAGUGUGUGUGUGCAGAAGGGUGUUACGUAAGGAGACGAACAGAGGAGAGCACGAUACCACAGCGUCUCAACGCCACAGUGAAGCACGGUGCUGGAAGAUGUUUUCGUACUCCUGCACAGAACUGACUCCACCCUGAGUGAGGAGAGGCACCACUCCAUCAUUCAGAGACAUGCUUCACCCUCUGGUUCCAUCUUUCUGGAGAAGGAUUCAUACUGCUGCAGCAUAAUGAGCCCAAACACACCUCAAAGCUUUGACACGACUACUGAAGGCCAAGGAAGACCAAGGAAUCCUGACUGUCCUGGACCGUCCUCCACAGUCCCCUGACCUCAACCCCAUUCAACAUGUGUGGGGAGACUUGAAGACUGAGAAAGCCGAGCACCCUGUGACAUCACAAGAAGCUUUGUGGAACACUGUCAGAUCAUGCUGAGAUAUCAUGAGUCAGAAGCCAGUGCUACGCUGUAGAGGGACGAACCAAAUACUGAGAUAUUCCGAGAGUCAUGCACAUUCAGAAAUGGUAUUGUUAAGCUGAUAUUAUCAUUCAUAGUGAAAAUAGCAUUACAUAAAAAAGCAAAGUAGAAGUAUUUAGCUAGUUGUCUCAGACUUUUUGACCCAACUGUCUGCGAUUUGCACAUUUAUUGAUGUACAUUAGAGAAAUAAUCAUUGCCUUGUGAUACCAAGUAAUGAUAUAAUAAAUAAAGUAGGCACA